AUGGCCGGGUCGGAGGCGCCACAGCACGAGCAGCUCCUGCCUGCCGAGGACUUCACGAAUCUCCAGAGAGUCAAAGUAUAUCGUCUGAACGACAGCGGACACUGGGACGAUAAAGGGACCGGUCAUGUUUCGUGCGAGUACAUGGAGCAAUCCGACUCCGUGGGGUUAGUCGUCGUGUCCGAGGAAGACCAGCAGCCUCUGCUCGUGCAUCGAAUCUCGCGAGAGGACAUCUAUCAACGACAGGGAGGGGACACGAUCAUCACGUGGACAGAUCCGGACAUAAACACGGACAUCGCGCUGAGUUUCCAGGAAGCCGUCGGGUGCAACUACAUCUGGGAGCAGAUCAAAGGCGCCGUGGACGAGUACGAAUUCGGAAGCGCGCCGGGGGACAGUUUCUACCAAGACUCCGCGGAGCGGACCGGACCGUCGGAGCUUCCGCCCGCGGAGCUCGGGACGAUGUCCGAGCUCGUGAAGAUCGUCGUGGACUGCUCGCCGUUCGCGCGCGAGAAGAUCGCAUCGUUGGUCCUUCAGAACGGGUACCUCCGGAAGCUCUUGGAUCUUUUCAAGACGUGCGAAGACUUAGACGACCAAGACGGGCUGCACAUGAUGUACAGGCUCGUGCGCGGGUUGGUGCUCCUGAACGACGCGGCGCUGUUCGACGAGCUGCUGAGGGACGAUAACGUCAUGGACGUCGUCGGGGCGCUGGAGUACGACCCAGAUCUCCCCGUGGAGAGGACGCAGCACCGCGUGUUCCUGAGAGACAGCGUCGUGUUCAAAGAGGUCGUGCCGAUUCAAGACGCGGACGUGCGCGCGAAAAUUCAUCAGACGUACAGGAUAGGAUACCUCAAGGACGUGAUCCUCCCGAGGGUGUUGGACGACGCGACGUUCGGAACGCUGACGAGCAUCAUGCUCUUCAACAACGUCGAGGUCGUGCUCGCGCUGCAGAACGACCCGACGUUCUUGAAAGAGCUCUUCGCGCGGUUGGACAACACGCCGAGGACGAACCCGGACUGGGACGACCUCGUGGGGUUCCUUCAGGAGCUGUGCUCGCUCGCGAAACAUUUGCAGAUUCAACAGCGCGGGUCGCUCUUCGCCGCGCUCGUGCAACACGGACUGUUUUACGUCCUCACGGACGUCCUGAAGACGGACUCGGAGUCGUCGCAGCUCAAGGGCGCGGACGUGUUGAUGUCCACGCUGCACAACGACCCGAGCGCGCUCAGGGCGUUCCUCGUGAAGCAAGAUCAGCACGCGUUGUUCGAACGCAUCGUGACGCUCUUCGUCGAGGGCGAGGAGGGGUUACAAGCGCAGCUGUUCGAGCUCUUGAAGCUGAUGCUCGACCCGGAGACGAUGGACCAGCCCGUCGAGAAGAGCGGGUUCUUGGAGCUCUUCUACGACACGUACGUCGACCGUCUCGUCACGUCCGUGAACGCGGGGGUGAGGGACGAGCCCGGGCCGGGGGGAGGAGAGGGCGGGGAGACGAAUUCCGUCGUCCCAGCGUGGGCGCUCGUGAAGACGAUCGAGCUUCUGUGUUUCUGCGUGCAGCACCACAGCUUCCGGAUCAAGUACUACGUCUUGAGAAAUAACGUCGUGGAGAAGGUUCUGAAGCUGACGCAGCGAAGGGAGAAGUACCUCGUCGUCGCCGCGGUGCGGUUCCUUCGCGCGUGCGUCGGCCUGAAGGAUGAGUUUUACAACCGGUACAUCAUCAAAAAUGCCCUCUUCGCGCCGGUCGUGAAGGUGUUCACCGCGAACGGGACGCGGUACAACAUGCUGAAUAGCGCGGUUUUAGAGCUCGUGGACUUCAUUCGAAGGGAGAACAUCAAGAACUUGAUCGUUCACCUCGUCGAGCUGUACGACCCGGUGUUCGCGGAGGUGACGUACGUGGACACGUUUCGUUUACUGAAGCUGCGGUAUCAGCAAGGGCAACAGCCGCCGGGGACGGGCGACGCGAUCGGGGAGGGGGAUCAACAGACGCAAGGCGCGGGCGCGGGUGAGGGCGAGGAGGAUUACUUCAAAGAAGACGACGACGACGACGAGCCGGGCGCGUCGAACGGAGGCAACGGCGGCGGCGGCGACGACGUAGGGUUCACGGCCCCUCGCGAGCCCGGGGGCGAGGCGGCGGCGGGGACGAGCGGCGCGGGGAAGCGCGCGCUCGACGAGGGCAGCGAGGGAGACGGCGCCGGGAAAAAAUCGAGGACGGACGAGCCGCCCGCGGAGGGUCUCACCGCGGCGCAGCGGAACGCCGCGCGCGGGUUAGAGAAGGUAACGCCGCCGAGUGAGGACGCGGGGAAACCGGCGGAGGACCCGCCGGAGAGCGAACGGAAUCCCAAACCCACGUCGAAGCCUACGAGUUCGUGGGUUUCGGUCGACGAGUGA